AUGUCGAGCACCGGCGAAAGCGACAUGGAUCCUAUACGCCAGGACUAUAAAGCCAGGCCCCCCAUGGCUCUUCAGCUAUCUUUCCGUCUCACCAGAAAUCCCCCCCCGUCCUCGACUCCAGCCGUCCUCGCAGUUUGUCCUCCGCCCUCCAGUGGCUCGCCGUGGUCUCCCCAGGAUCAGUACCUUUGGACUCUGAGUCCCCAGUCCAUCGCAGACUCCCCUUCUCCCUCAUCCGCCUUGUCUACCGCGUCGAGCUUAGGUUCCCCUGAAAGAGAGGCCCGCCCUCUCAAGCCCAAAGGUGGUCGCAGCCGCUCUCCGGGGCACAUCCCCCGUCCGCGCAACUCCUUCAUGAUCUACCGCUCGCAUUGUCUCGCGCAGAAGAAGAUCGAUCUCGACGUCGAGCACGACCAUCGCAUCAUCUCCCGCAUCAUUGCCAACCUCUGGAAUACCAUGCCCGCAGAAGAGAAAGCCGAGUGGAUCGCGAAGGCACGCGCAGAGAAGGCCGCACACGCGCUCAAGUACCCCGACUACCGCUACAACCCCAAGUCGCGCAAGGGCAAGGACGCGCCGGUGAAGCGCAAGGUGAAGCGGAACGGGGAGAAGGACUUGUAUCGCGCGACGAAGCUAGCGGAACUCAUAACGGCUGGGAAGACGGGCAGCGAGCUGGCCGUUGCGGCGAAGCAGCUCGAGCUCAUCGCUGCUUCCCCCAGCGAGGACGCCCCCGCUACAGAACAGCGCCAGGAAACCGAGGUACCUGCUUCUCCCUCUCUUCUUUUACAUGCCAAUACGCCAUAUGUAUGGCACACGGAGUCACCUCCCUCCCCACCCAAACCCCUCCUACUUUCACAGGACGAGCCUUUGUCUCAUGGAUUCCAAAUUGAGCCAUUCCCGACCUGUUCUUCUUUCGAUUCGUACGGACGCUCGCUCGAAUUCAGCGCACCGAGCGACUUCUACGGCACGGACACCGGGGUGUACCGCUUCGACCUCCCCACGUCGAUGCAAUCGGCACACCCAACACAAGACAAUUCCUUGCUUGAGCUCUCGAAUUUCCCGUCUCUCCAUCUGGGGUAUCCUGAUAUCCACCUCUCCCCUGUACACACCAGUACCAGUGCAUUCAUGACUCAACCCCUGCACAUCUCCAACUUCCGCGGGUACCGCGGGUACGCAUCGUGGUCCCUCGAGCAAUGGAUCCAGGUCUACCCCUCCCUUUUCGUGGAACACGAGGGUUGGACGUUCGUGGACUGGGUCGGGAUGUACCCCGAUCUGUUCGCGGGGCCGCUCUACUGA